GACAUGGUUUCCCCUUAAAUUCCUGGGGAUUCUAUGUAUCAGAUAGGUGUUAUCCCACUAAAACGUUAUCACGUAGUUGGGUUAUUAAAGUAAAGUUGCCCCAAGGGGUUACACAAAGGUAAUCUAGGGAUCGUUCCACUUUUCAUCCUAAUCGGCUCGCCUUGCCUACGGGAUCUAAGUAAAAUAACUACACAUUAUCAUUUGGUAAGGUAACUAUGUUUCAAGGGUUGGCUUCUGGUUUGGAUAUUACAUCUAUGAGGAAUAUCCUGGUGAGUUUUGGAUAUAUUACAUUUUGUGGGAAUCUAUCCUGGGGAGUUUUUGGAUUUUUUUAAAAAAUGUUUUUUUUUCCCUCUUCAUAACAUUGGAUCUAACGGUGAAGAUUUUUGUUGAACCUGGAUUCACUUGAAACUGGAAGUAAAUCCUUAUUGCUGAAGGAUACGAUACACAUUUCUUUAAUAAAUCUAAUCAGGUAGUAUUAAUUUAAGGAACUCGCACCUCGACGCGUAGAAUUGUUUUUCCUCUUGGCACCAUUUGAUGAUUGGACUACUUUUUCAAGCUUCACAUCUUUGGAUAUGUAUUGUCCUGGAUUUAAAUAUUUUAAACUCUUGGAUGGAAGAAGUUAUUAGGCAUCAUAUCAAACGCCAAGUAGUGCAUAUUGCCUAGGCUAUUUCAGUCAUAUUAGGACAUGUUCAAAUUUUUAUUUAUCCUGAUUACGGAGACUAUAUCUAAAAGAAUUUCAGUGUAAGCGGAGGAUCCAUUCAUCAGACCAUUCAAGUUUGUGGAGCUAUUUUUAUUUUGGACUGAUGCCCAUGAAGAUAUCUGAAGACCUCAUCAUUUGGAUGUACCCCCUUGGAAGUAUGCAAUAUGAUCCCUCAUGUUGGAUGUAUUGAUGUGGAGCAUAGUAUGGAUAGAUGAAACUGCGAUUCCUUUGGAUUAUUCAACUAAAGUGUGGAUUUAGCUGUCAGGCCUCAAUGUCUGGGGUGAAGAAAUGAGAACUCAAUGUAUUUGCUGCAGAGAAUUGAAGAAGUGAACAGAUGAAGCCCGCCAAUCCAUGUGCCUGAUGGGAUCCAUGAAACUGGAAUUUACAUCAUGCCCAUGAGCAGGGAUUUAAUGUAUGCUGAUCAUCAUAGUGUUUGAGGGUUUGCCCGCUUGUCUGCUAUUUAACCACAAUGGCAUCAUCCAAGAGGAAUAAAUAUUUUGACCUUUUUGAAGGUGAAGCGUAACCACUGGAAGUUACUACUUUCUGUACUAGAAGACUGACAAGACUGACCCAGGCGGAUAUGUUUUCUAUUCAGCUGACAAAUUGCUGUAUGUCCCUUGGAAUGCGCUGAAAUACCCUGAAGUCAAAGUCAUCUUUUUUUAUUUUUUUAAUUCAUAUUUAUGUAUUAAAGUCAUAUGUCGCUGUGUUUUUUUUUUUUGCAUAUCCUGAAAUCCAUUAAGAGAUCCAUUUCUUUGGUUGUUUUGUUUUCCCUUUUUCCAUCCAAUGAAGAGAAUUUAGUAGCCAAAUUGUGGAUUAUACAUCAACAUCCUACUGGCCUGGUGCUCGCCUCAAUAUUUGAAGAUUACGUGCAGUACGAUUCAAGGAAACAGUUUUUGCCUAUUAGCUCAAAUGAUUUUUCCCUUUUGUUUUUCAUUUGGGCUCUCACAUUCUGACCACGUAGAUUUUAUUUGGAUUAGGUUCGGUAACUUCUUUUCAAAAAGUAGCUCAGAAAGCCGGGAACGUGCGUAUGAUCACAGCCCGUAUGGACACCAUGAGCGCAGUGGCACUUUCGACAGACAGCGUCACUACAAUGCUGAUUAUUACCGUGAUCGUUCUAUGUUUGCUACUGCUGGCCCAGGAAGCAGCGCCAUAGGAGGAAGCUUUGAGGCAUCAGACCCACAUUUUGACUCUAGAAUUCGAGACCCCUUCACUCUUACAAGUGCUGCACGGCGUGACCUCUACAGAGAUGACAGAGGCCGACGUAUUGAUAGAACUUACCAUCACCGUCGAAGCCGAUCAUCUCAUUCCUCACAGUCACGACACCCUUCCCCACAACGGACUGCAGGACAAACCCCGAAAGCUCCCCACUCUCCUAAAAGAGCUCCUCUGUCCCCUGGGAGAGGCCCACGAUCUCGGUCCCGCAGCAGAUCCUCAAGUUCUGAUUCAGUCAGCAGCACCAGCAGCACCGGCAGUGGAAGCAGUGAUUCAAACAGCAGCUCAAGUGACGGAUCUCGUGCACGUUCUGUUCAGUCAUCUGCCACACAUGCACCUCCCCAGUCUUCUAUGGUGCUGGAUGCAGAUGAGCCUCGUAGAAGCUUUGGAAUUAAGGUGCAAAACCUACCAGUGCGCUCCACAGACACAAGUUUAAAAGAUGGACUCUUCCAUGAAUUCAAGAAGCAUGGGAAAGUGACAUCAGUGCAGAUCCAUGGGGCAUCCGAGGACCGUUAUGGUUUGGUGUUUUUUAGACAGCAAGAGGAUCAAGAGAAAGCCCUCACAGUCUCCAAAGGAAAGCUGUUCUUUGGAAUGCUCAUUGAGGUCACUGCCUGGAAUGGUCCGGAAACUGAGAGUGAAAAUGAGUUCAGGCCCCUGGAUGGACGGAUAGAUGAGUUCCAUCCCAAAGCCACAAGGACACUGUUUAUAGGCAACCUUGAAAAGACCACCAGUUACCAGCAGCUCCUUGACAUAUUUCAGCGCUUUGGAGAAAUUGUGGACAUUGACAUCAAGAAAGUAAAUGGUGUUCCCCAGUAUGCCUUUGUGCAGUAUUCUGAUAUUGCCAGCGUUUGCAAAGCCAUAAAAAAGAUGGAUGGAGAGUAUCUGGGGAGCAACAGACUAAAGCUUGGCUUUGGGAAAAGUAUGCCAACAACGUGUGUUUGGCUAGAUGGUCUGGCCUCCAACAUAACAGAGCAAUACCUCACACGACAUUUCUGCCGCUAUGGACAUGUAGUCAAGGUUGUGUUUGAUAGGUUGAAAGGAAUGGCUCUCAUCUUGUACAACAACACAGAUUUUGCUCAGGCAGCUGUAAGGGAGACCAAAGGCUGGAAGAUUGGUGGCAAUAAAAUAAAGGUUGAUUUUGCCAGUCAAGAGAGUCAGAUGGCAUUUUACCGGUCUAUGCAGUCUUCAGGGCAAGACAUCAGAGACUUCUAUGAAAUUCCUCCUGAACGACGAGAGGAGCGCAGACCCCCAUACCAUGAAUUUACAGCAGAAAGGGCUUACUAUGAGAAUGUACGAACCCCUGGCCUCUAUCCGGAAGAUGCUCGAAGGGAUUACCCUGCUCGCAGCAGAGACCGUUUCCCUGAACUGGAACAUUAUCAAGGGGAUCACUUUGACCCACGAUACCAUGACGAUCCUAGAGAGUACAGGGAUUACAGAGACCCUUUUGAGCAAGACAUUCGAAAAUACACAUACAUUCAAAGGGAGCGUGAAAGAGAGAGAGAACGCUUUGAGGCUGACCGUAGUAGGUGGAGCCCCUCCCAUCCACGGCGACCUAUUACUCCCACAGUCUCACCUUCACCUUCUGAACGUGCCCCCAGAGACUCAGAACGGCGGGUUUACAGUCAGUCCUCUGAGCGAAGUGGUAGUGUGAGCUCACUCUCACCGCCACACUUUGACAAAUCUGAAAAGACCCCAUUGGAACAUGGCUCAAAGGUUGAAAAAACUGAUAAAAACAGUCAACCUGAGCGUGUGGCAGGUGCUGAAAAAACUAAGCGGGCAAAACGGAAAGAGAAAGUUGACAAAGACAAAGCUGAGAAGAUUAAAUCAAGGAAAGUGAAGGGGCAGUCCCCCUGUAACCCACCCCCUGAAACAGAGCUUGAAACUGGCUUUGAUGGAGGGUCUGGAAGGGUAAAGGGAUCAGACCAAGAUGCACAUGAGAGACAGAAAUAUAAGGGGGACAGUGAUCCUUUAACAGGAAGUCAGAUGUCAACUGCUCACCAUGACAUGCUAAAAAAUGAGAGGUCUGAAAUAGGAAAAGGUGAUAAUUCAGACUUGGAUGGAAAAAAUCGACCUAAGAAACAUCUCAAGUCUGAUAUUGGAAAUGAUGGGAAAGACUCCUCAGUGGAUUCUGAUCGCCUUGCUGCAAGAAAAAGGCGCUUUGCAGAUGCUAGUGGUAAAACUAUUCGACAGAAGAGGAGUAGGCUUGAGGAGGAAGAUGGUAAUCAACCCUCAGACUUUGGUGGUAGCUCUGCUUAUUUGAAAGAAAUGGAUACUGACAGGCAACAGAAAGACUCUCAGCGUAGAGACUCAAGGUUCAAAACUGAAAAACCUAGCACUCAGAAGGAUAGUCAAGAUGAGCUGAGAGGACAAAGAGAAAAAUCUGAUGGGUCUUUGGACCUGUUGGAAACAAAACGACAUGCGGGGCACAAUUCAUCCAGAAGAUUUUCACAUGAGGGGAAUACAGACCAAGGUAGUUCCAGAGAUCAAGAACAACAUGGUAUUUUCAAAUACGGUGCUGCUGAUAUUGAUAGAGGUGCUAAGGACAGGGAAGACCAUGUGGACAUUGAUCUCUCUCAGAGUUACCGCAAGCAAAUGGAACAAAACAGAAGGCUCCACCAGCAACAGCAGCAGGAGUCUGACAAACCUGAGAAACCUGGAAGUCCCCAAGGAAGUGAAACGGAGGAUUUUGAACACCGCAGUCUUGUCCAUGAAGUGGGCAAACCACCUGAAGAUGUCACAGAUAAUUUCCCAUCUCAUAAACUCAAGAAACUAGAUCAAUUUGACACUGAUCCAGGAGUCAAGAGGGAACGGGUCUACAGGAGCUUUAGACAAAAAAGUGAGGAUCCUGACUGGAACAACACUUCUCCAGGACAUCAGCAUUUCUCUCACCAUGUAGAUGAGGACUUUGUGGAUCCUUCUCUUCAGAAAGAGUUCAGUAGAAAUGAUGACAAAAUUCACUCAGAUGUGGAGCUGUCAGUCAAACGAACACAUAACACACAGAUAAGCAAGUCAAACACUGCUUUACUUGGUGGUGAGGAAGAGCAACAAAAACGAUGGGAAAGUAGAGUCAAACAAGACUUGUUACCUGACCUAAACUUCUCCAGAAGUCUAAGUAAAAACAUUCACAUUCGCAAGCGUUUGGAAUAUGGCAUUUGGCAUGACCUGGAACCUGGUGAGGUACGAUCAGACUCUGAGGAGGACAGAGAGACCAAACCCCAUUCUCCUAUGCCCUCUACAUCUAUGCCUUUUGCUGAGAGACAAAGAGGUGACAGGUUUUCAGACCCCAAAUUAGCCAACCUUGAGAGGAACAAAUUCUACUCCUUUGCACUUGACCAGACUAUUACGCCGGAUACAAAGGCUCUGCUCGAACGUGCAAAAUCCCUCUCAUCCUCUAGAGAAGAAAACUGGUCAUUCUUAGACUGUGAUUCUCACUUUGCAAGUUUUCGCAACAGAAAAGAUACUGAGAAGGUAGAAUCAACACCACGGCCUACACCCUCCUGGUAUAUGAAAAAGAAAAAGAUUCGAAGUGGAUCUGAAGACAAAUUAGAUGACAGCAAAGAGGAGCCCAAGCCAGAAGAACAGGAACACAGGGAGCUCUUUGCCUCUCGCUUCCUUCACAGCUCCAUAUUUGAACAGGACUCAAGACGGCUUCAGCACCUGGAACGCAAGCACGAAGAGCCGGAGCAUUCACAAACCCAGCAAACUGGUCAGCAAGGGACAACAGAUGGCCAACUUGACUCUGAGCCAGGAGUGCUUUUCCAUAGUCGUUUUUUGGAGCUUACACGGCUGCAGCAACAAAAGGGGAAAGACCAGUUGGUACAAGAAUCAAAAGGAUACACAAUACUGACUGGUGAGAAUAAAGUUGAAAAAGUGCCUGAACAAGACCAACAGGCUUUGCAAUCACCUAGCACCACAGAACCUGCCAUGGAGCCAGAAAUUAAGCCCAUUAGCCCUGCUGAGGAGCUGAUUUCUGAACCCCAACUAAUACCCACUUUUGUUGCCCAACCUGCACACAAGGAAUUGUCUCCCAGAGAGGACAAAGGUGUUGUGUUGUAUGCAUCUGCUGACCCACUGCUUGCUGUGUCUCUGAUAAAGGAAGAGGUUAAAGAAAAUGAGCAUCUUGAGACACCAACUGAUGGUGACCCUGUAUCUUUACCAGCUUCAGGUAAACUAUCCCCAUUUGAAGGAAAAUCAGAUAACACUGCUGAGGAUGUAAAACCUUUGAACACAGAACAGCAUUGCCACAGUGAUACUCAUGACGAGUUUGUCAGCAGUUCAGAAGCAGAGCUAGAUCCUGAGACAACCCAGCCAGCACUGCCUGAAGCCACAAGUCCCAUACCACCCAGUCUUGUAGAAGAGACGGAUGGCUUAAAGAAAGAGGCCCAUUACACUUGCAGAGCAGUGACAGAACCUGAAGUAGAAAAGAAACUUGAAGUCAAUAAGGUGCAAGUGUCUGUAGACAAUGACACUAAUGAGGAGCCAGCUUCACUUCACAAAGAACAGAGAGCAAAAGAAUUGAAGAAUAAGAAAUAUAAACAAACCCCUGCUCAAACUGCUCCAGUUACUCUUAUUUCUGCCUCUGGUUCUGAGAAACAAGCCACACGUAAGAGUGAGCGCAUUGAUAAAGAGAAAUUGAAACGUGGGUCAUCUCCAAGAGCUGAAUCUUUAAAAGCAACUUCAGAUUCCAAGUCCACAGGAAAAUCUCCUAUUCAUGGACCUGAUUCUGAUAAUAUCUCAGAGCAGAGCAUAUCAGUGGGCAGAGCAAGACGAAGAAAUGUCAAAUCUGUGUAUGCCACCCCAGUUGAAGAUGAUGCUUCAACACGGACUGGAAAGGAAAUUACUGAGUCGCCACGCUCUGCACGAAAGCGUGGUGAUAAAGAUGCAGCCUUACAACAAAAUAUGGAACAGGAGUCACCUGCUCCAGUCCCGUCUUCAAGACGAGGCCGCCCUCCUAAAAAUCGCCGACAGGUUGAAGAUAGUUCAGUUAAGGCAGAUAAAUCAAAAAUUGACUCUAAAGACAUGGACACAAAUGAAUCAGAGAGUGGUGAAAAAAUCCCGAGAGCAGUGAAAGGAAAACAUGCUCCUUAUAUCCCAAAGGGCUCAUCAAAUCAAGCCUCCUUGGCCACAGGUACUGGACCAUCUAGGAGGGGGGAUAAAACUGAGCUGCCUGAGGAUGAUGAUCAAGAAGUGGACCCUACAGAUGAAGAUAGCUUAGCUUUGCAGGAUUCGUCAAGUUCAUGUAAAGAUCCCUCAAUAAAAAUUGAGCCCAAGAAAGAAGAGAGAGACAAACAUGGAAGAGAACUGGGCAGAGACAAACAUGUACUCACUGACAAAGAUUGUGAAAGUAAAUCAAAUGGGAAAGAGAUAGAUUCCCCUGUCUUAGAAGAGAAACCCUCUUCAGAGAAAGACAAAAUUGUCAGAGGAAAAACCAAAGUGACACGGACUCACAAGUCACCUGUCCUUAGGGACCUCAAAAUCAGACUGAAUGUCACAGAGGUGAAAGAUCUGCUUCAGUUAGGGGAUGAUGAGCUUGGGAACCAAGAUGACUGCUCGAAAAAGGCCAGAUCUGGUGAACACACAGAUCAGAUUUUGGAGUCUAAUAGUGGUAAAACAGUGGGCUCUAGCAGUGAAGAUAAGGAGGAAGCUGCUCUGGAAAAAAAGUCACCACUGGAUACGUCAAAAAAAAUGCUGUCUCAAGAGCUGGAAUUAGUGCAGGCUGUGGAGAACAUUGCUAAAUUUACAGACCCAGCCUUGCCAACAGAGCCCCCAACUCCAGCUGUCCCAGAAACUGAGAUAAAAUGUGACACAGAGGAAGAAAAACCAUCUAAUCCUGCAAGUGAGACAGAGCUUAUGGCGGCUAUUGAUUCUAUUACUGCUGAUGAUGUAACUGUAUCAUUACCCCAAACAGAUCCAGUGAUUAGUACAGACCUGGAUUCCGAACCAGAGAUGCCAGCCUUCAUUCAGCCAGAGAAGGAAGAUGAACCAGAAACAGAUACAUCCACUAUACCUGAGGAGCCAGUUUUUCCAACCACACCCAAGAAAGGCGCCAAGGGAAGACCUAAAACAAUUAAACGUUCUAAAACCCCAAAACCAGUAAAAAAAGACUUAAAGGAAAGACAGUCACUACCAGAGGAAUCCACAGAUCCUUCGUCAAUUGGCACCCCUUCCAAUAUAAAGAUUGCUUCAGAGAUGGCUCCAUCAGCAGCAGCAGCUGCUGUCAUUACUGCGGCUACAUGGAAGGCAGAACCUGAGCGUAUAGCUGCUAAGGUUACAGAUGUAAACAUGGAAUCAGAAUCAUCUUCUGAAGAGCAACUUCAGAAUCUUAAGUCUGUCUGCCCCCAGUCUAAGAGUCCAACCUCUUCAAAGCCUCAGCAGCUACCGCCUGAGUGUAUUUCGCCUUCCCUGUCUCCACCUCCUAACCGGCCAAAUAUCAGGCCCAUUCAACCAAGUAGAAUUCCUGUUUCCCCACCAGAUUGGCUUAGUCAGUCUAAAGACACAGGAGUCCCCUCUUCACCUGUUUUACCAGUGCCACCAUCAGAAAACCCAUCUUCAACCCCUGACACUGAAAACAUGGACAAUGAUCAUGGUACCAGUGACUUGAGGCGGAUUCUUAUGAAACACAAGAAUGUUUCACUGCCAGGCAGUAGUUCUGUUCCCAGUAGUCUACCCAUCCCUCGAGAUCAGCACCCAACUGAAAGUAAUACACCAUCAGCUGUUGUGCCAAAUAGAUCACCACUACCUGAUAAUAGAGUGCCAACUCAUCCAGGUCCACCUAUUUCUCGACCUCCAGCCUCACUACCAUCUCCUGAGACAAAGUCUGUCAUCUCUGUUAUUGCAUCCACUGCAACCUCUGUUAUCAGUCGUGUUUGCAACCCUCCUGAUUCUGAGGAGAAAGUGAACAUUAAUAUUGGAAACCCCUGUGUGGAUAUGGCUCUUCCCAAACAGACAUACAGGCCUAGCAUAGAUGAUAGUGGAUCAUAUCAUGGGCCAUCCGUUGGAGAAGAGGGUGGGAGUACUGGGCGCUUCAUUGUUGAGAGCCCCACUCUUAGUACUGGAUCCAGUCCAGGUCUGAGGGUAAAUACCUCAGAAGGAGUGGUAGUACUGAGCCACUCAGGUCAGAAAAUUGAGGGACCACAGCGGAUUAGCGCAAAAAUAAGCCAGAUCCCACAAGCAACAGCAGGUGACAUGGAAUCUCAGCAGUUGGUAUCCAUGCCCCAGAUAAAACAGGAGAUGUAUACUCACUCUCAGUCAGGUGCUCAAAAGGGGCCUCCCUCACAGACAGACCACGGGCAUCCUGGUAAGCCACAGUUGGCUUCAUCUUCCAUUAAACAAGAAGGCACAACUUUGGAAAAGAUGGAAUCUCCUUACCAGUCUGGGCUUCAAGGAGUAGUGAAGCGUCAUUCACAGGGAGUUGGUAACCAGCAAGUAAUGAGUUACCAUCAUUCAGAGUACAUGAUUAUGAAGCAUCAAAAGAAAGUGGAGGGUGCUGAACCUCACAGUGCAGAUGGUACUAAACCAUCUUGGACCUCUGCCAUAAGUCCUGCAAUAAGCCCUCACCUGCCAUCUCCACCUGGCAACCAUGUAGGUUUUGUUACAACUGCUGGUGACAGAGCUCCUUCACAUCUCAGUGGGACCAAACAGGAGCCACGUUCCCCCCGCAAGUCAGGUUAUCCACACUCUCCAUUUGCCAAAGUGUCCUCACCAAUCGGCUCCUCAUCCCCUAAAGGCAUCCCUGUGAUGUUGCCCUCUGGCCUUCCUGCCAUGCAGCAGUACGUAACUGGUGUGCAUCAUGCAGAACAGUCAGUUAUCAUGCCUCCCCACAGUGCUCAUGGUGGCUUAGGGCGAAUGUCUCCUCACCGUGUUACUCAAACAAUUCCAAUGGGACACCUUGUUCAAGGAGAUGUUAGGGUCAAUACUCCACCUCUCUCUGGGAUGACUUUUGGGAUGCAUAGUGAGUCUCUUGCCUCUCCCUGGUCUGGUCCCACCUCACCUCAAGCUGUUGGCAGAGACAUGGUUCUCAAGGUCAACCCCAGUUCUGUAAGGAGCCAUGAUGGAGAACAGGAUGAUGCUAGACGCUUCCAUCAGACUGGGCGACAGUCUACAACACAGUUGAAGCCAGAGACUAUGCAGUCGGAUCCCCGUGGGUCUCUGCGUAGUGGCAUCCAGUUGGACACAUACAUGACACAGAGAGAGAUGCGUGCACUCUUGCACCAACAGGGUGAACGACCAGCCCCAGACCCACACACUGGACACAGUCAAGAGGCGCUUCCCUCCUCUUCAGCGUCGUCUAGCAUCCCUUUAUCCGUGUCUCCAAGGGCACACGUGUUGGCUAAAGGUGUGUCUGAAAAGGACAUUACGAAGCCACUGGAGGCAAAGAGGCCACAUUCUCCUCUUAAUAAGGAUGGAAUGUUGGGCAUUCGACCAUCUGGGUCAGCUAUGGCCUCUCCACAGCGAGUUCAGCUAAUGGCACCAGGACCUAGUGGUUCCUUCCCAGAGUAUUCAGGGAUGUAUUCAAAUCAAAGAGGCAUCCAUUCUCAAAUGACAGAGACAUCUCCUGGACUUAACCAACCACCGCUGAACAUCACACCAGCCAUGGGUGCAGAUCUCCAAGCAAAAACUGAUGGCAAGAUGACACAACCUGUCAACAUGGUGCAGCUGCUCACAAAAUAUCCGAUUGUGUGGCAAGGCCUGCUCGCACUGAAGAAUGACACAGCUGCAGUGCAGCUGCAUUUUGUCUGUGGCAACAAAGCCUUGGCUCAUCGAUCACUGCCCCUACAAGAAGGAGGUGCAUUGCUUCGAAUUGUCCAGAGAAUGAGACUUGAGGCCUCUCAACUGGAUAGUGUAGCAAGAAGAAUGACGGGGGACACAGAGUUUUGUCUUCUCUUGGCUCUGCCAUGUGGACGAGACCAAGAUGAUGUCCUAAACCAGACGCAGGCUCUUAAGGCUGCUUUCAUCAACUACUUGCAGGCCAAGUUGGCUGCGGGUAUCAUCAAUAUCCCCAACCCAGGCUCUAAUCAGCCUGCCUAUGUGCUACAGAUUUUCCCACCGUGUGAAUUUUCGGAAAGCCACUUAUCCCAGCUAGCUCCUGACCUCCUCAACCGGAUCUCCAGUAUCUCACCCCACCUCAUGAUUGUCAUCACCUCUGUGUAACCUUCAUGGCUGGGAGCCACUUCAUCGGUGGACGUUCUCAAUGAUGAGCCUCAGGAAAAGAGAGGAAUAUGAGAAUUAGUUUUUUCCUGGACACAAUGGGAAUGUGUAGGAAAUCCUCAAUCAAAACUUUUUUUCCCCAUAUCAGUCUUUUUCCCCCUUUUUUUUUUGUCACUCCUGUCUGGUAUUUUUGUCCUUCUCAAAAGAACUCAGGGAUGGACCAAACCAGAGCUCUGUGCAGUCUUAUUUGACCAUUUCUCUGCUGUAUUUGUAUUUAUUGGGGAGUAUAAUUUUAAUGUCCGGAGAAACUCCGAAGAAAAAAUUCAGGAAGUUUGAUGAACAAGAAGAAUGAGUGACUAACUGGGUGGCCUUUUUCUUUCAUCUGUCUUUUAAUGAUUGUCAUAUUUAGUUCUUCACAAGAAAGGAUCAUAGCAGCUGUUGUACUGCAAUGGCUCAACAGACAUUUCAACAUGUAAUUUUAAGUAAUUGUGUACAGACUUCUUUGCCCUGCCUUUCCUUUAGAGGAGGAAGAAUUAACUUCUAAAACUACAUGGCCCUGUAGAGAGGACCGUGUCUGUUAACAGCUCCUUUAAUUCCACCAACUCUGCUCAUUCUCACACACUACUGAAGCAGAUAAAGCUCUUGCACCUGCCUUUGCAUUGAACAUUGCAGUGUGAUUUGGGAGUUUUGGAAUACUGGACUUUGUAAAUAUUUUAAAUAUUUAAACUCUGACAAUGGAACUCGGACAACUUGACAGAGACGUAAACAUGGACACGUGGAACGCAAAGUGUGGAAAAUUCAGAUGGAUAUCCUUGAUUUUUGGGGUGUAAAUACUUGUAACAGCAGAUUGGCAAACUCCACUGUGGAGUCUGCUGAUGGCACUUCACAUUUUGUAACUCAAAUAAAAAAAAAAAAACAAUCCAGAAAACUUGAAUAUUAAAGUCAUAAUCUUUUA